AUGGCCAAAGCCACAUGUUCUCAGAAGGUCAAGUCUAGUCGAGAGUGUAAACGAUUUGCCCUGGAUGAUAUUUUGACCUUACUAGAUGAUAAUGAUUCUGAUUUGGAGCUGUCAGAUGAUAAUGAUCCAGACUAUCUCGAAGAUCCAGUUGACACUAUCGAUAAUCAGUCUGAAGACGAAGAUAGUGGAAUAAAUAACUCAGACGAUGAUGAGGAACAACUACUGGCUGCAUCUCGUGAAGAUUCCGUUAUCCUGGAUGCACAAGCAAAACUCGUGUUCGGUGUGUUAGGUGUAACCUUUUUCUCUGUGUCCAAAGCGAUCGCAAUUGCUUUCGAAUGUUUCAUACAUGACAGUAUCCCACAAGUGUUAACCUCAUUCAAAACCAAACCGAGAAUAACUUGUUAUUUAAGUGCCAAAGUUGUUGCAUGUUUUUUUAUUAUACGUUAA